UUCUAUUUAGAGCUUUUAGUAAUUUUUGUUCAGGAAGGUAGCCCUGCGUGUUGACAAUAACAGCCCGGCUGUUAUAAGUGAGGUUAGUUUUAUUACUUUCAAAACCAAGAUUCUUUAAUUUUUGCCAUUUAAUAUGUCGAAUAUUCACAUCACAGUGGAAUUCGGUGGAGGCGCAGAAUUGUUGUUUGACAACAAAAAGGCCCACCCUGUGACUUUACCGGCCAAAGAAAAGCAUUGGAUAAUUAAAGAUUUGUUGACUUGGAUCAAGGAUAACUUGUUAAAAGAGAGACCAGAAUUGUUUUUACAGGAUGAAUCAGUGAGACCUGGAAUUUUAGUUUUAAUCAAUGAUACAGACUGGGAAUUAAUGGAUACUGUAAAUUAUGUUAUACAAGAAAACGAUAGAAUACUAUUUAUAUCCACCCUUCAUGGCGGAUAAAGAUGUGCCUACAUAUGUAUCAGGUAUUUUUUACAAGUACAUUGAAAGUUUGAAAGUAUAUUUAUGUGAAUUAAUAAAAUUCGUUUUUUUAA